AUGCUGUCUAGCCAAGGAAAGAAGGGAGGAAGGUGGAAAGGGGACGGCGACGCUCCAACGCGUUGCCGUUCACAUACACCAGUUGGUCUUGUCGCAGCGCUCCUCGGCGCAGCCCUCCAUGCCGGAACCCAUCUUGCCGAUGCUGCCGCAGAGGCAGGUGAUGUUGUUUGCCGCCGCGCAGGACGUCGCGGCGACGCCCGGGGCCCAGCACGACCAGCCGCAGUCGGGCAUGUGGUCGAGGACCUUGGCGACUGUCGGCUCGUAGAGGAUGCCUCGGGACGCCAUCGCUCCGGGGAUGAGCGCGAGGAGGGAGCUCGUCUGGGGCUUCAUUUCUGCGUGGCUGCCGUAUGCGUGGUGAGCUGGUCCGUAGAGAGGGCAGUAAAGGUUGGCUGGACAGCUCCUCGCGUAACAUAUAUACUUUCCGGGAGGGUCCCCGCCGUCGAACGUGAAUCAUGGAAAAACGAUGCUCGAGUCCAUCUCAUGGAGGACUGGCGAGAAUUGCAACAGUAG